AGCUCUGGCAUGAGGCUGGGGUGGGCCAGCAGAUUUGCUCUUGUGUGUCUUUCACUCUCCCUGCACAAAGCAGCUGCCCUAGUCACUUCCUUACAGUCUCAGCAGUUCCCCUUCCUGGAGCCAGACACUCCACUCCUGCUGGACAGCCCUUACCACCCUCCUGCAGCACCCUGCACAUGCCUGUCAGGAUGCCAGAGCUCAUCUCUGUCCAAGACUUCAUCUCCCAGACUCUGGAGGACCUGAGCUCCCCAACCACCUCCUCUUUCACCAGCCACAUGGGCAAGUGCCGAGGCACCAUUUGCAGCCUGGAGGAGGCCUUGGAUUCCGAUCGAGCUGCGCUGCAGAACAUGAGGAAGGCAACCAAAGCAGAGCAUGCUUCUGGGCAAGAUCUCGCUACCCACAUGGAAGCUCAUAUUGCAGCCCAGGAGAGAUUCUCUGCGAACUACCAGAGUGAUGGUGAUGAGCAACUGGCUGGGGCCUUCACCUCCUUUGCCAAUUUCUCCCGGGAGCUGCUGACCAGUGUCAAGAGUCUGUUGCAGAGCUUGUCUCACAACAUUAACUUCCCCUUGGACUCACUAGUAAAGCGGGACUUAAAAGAGCUCAAAGGGGACUUCAGAAAGCCUUUUGAUAAAGCCUGGAAAGACUAUGAGAACAAACUCACAAAGAUCGAAAAGGAGAAACGGGAGCUGGCAAAGCAGCAUGGGCUAGUGCGGAGUGAGGUGAUGGGAGGGGAGAUUGCUGAGGAGAUGGAGAAGGAGCGCAGGAUGUUCCAGUUAAACAUGUGUGAGUAUCUGAUCAAAGUGAAUGAGAUUCAAAGCAAGAAAGGCGUGGACUUGCUGCAGAGUCACAUCAAGCAUUGCAAUGCCCAGUUCAAUUUUUUCCAGGAAUGUUUACAGGCAACAGAGAUGCUUACGCAGUUUAUAAAGAAGCUGACCCCUGAGCUACAGAGUAUGAAGGUCAGGCAGGACGAGGAGAAGCAGCAGCUGUGCUCCCUGCGGGAUCGCCUGAAAACAGCAUUGCAGCUGGAGCAGAAAGAGGACGGGGUCGGCAAGCAGCCACGGUACAGCAUGCACCAGCUGCAGGGGAACAAGCAGUAUGGGACCGAGAAAUCAGGGAGCCUCUUUAAGAAAAGUGAUGGGCUGCGAAAGGUGUGGCAGAAGAGGAAGUGCACAAUCCGGCAUGGCUACCUGACCAUCUAUCACAGCACGCUAAACCGUCUACCUACCAAGCUGAAUUUGCUGACUUGCCAAGUGAAGCCAAACCCAGAUGACAGGAAGUGCUUUGACCUCAUCUCACACCCAACGUGGCUCUCCAUUAACCUGGGCAUCCUAAUCUGCAUUGAGUGCUCUGGGAUUCAUCGGGAGAUGGGCGUGCACCACUCGCGCAUCCAGUCUCUGUCUCUGGACAAGCUGACAACCUCCGAGCUCUUGCUGGCCAAGAAUAUUGGCAAUUCUGGCUUUAACGACAUUCUGGAAGCCAACCUUCCCAGCCCUUUGCCAAAGCCCACAGCUGGCAGUGAUAUGGCCCUUCGUAAAGAUUUCAUCAUUUCCAAGUACAUGGAGAGGAAAUAUGCCCAGAGGAAAGCCAGGAACCCAGCUGCCCACUCCCAGGGGCUGCAGGAAGCCAUCAGGUGGAAGGACAUAUUUGCAUUGCUCCAGGCCUAUGCCGAAAAGGUGGAUUUAAGUGAGCCUGUUCUGGAGCCUAUGGAGGAAUCCGGGGAAACCGUUCUCCACUUGGCAGUGUUGUUAGCAGACCGAACCUCCCUGCACAUUGUUGAUUUUCUGGUGCAGAACAGUGGGAGCCUUGAGAAGCAGACAGAGAAGGGGAACACACCACUUCAUUACUGCUGCUUCCACAAUAAACCUGAGUGCCUCAAGCUCCUUGUGAGAGCCAAAGCCAGCAUUGCCAUCACCAAUAAAGCUGGAGAAACAGCCUUCGAUGUUGCCAGGCGCAUGAGACAUUCCCUGUGUGAAGAGCUGCUGAUGCAGGCCCAAAACAACCAGUUCAACAUGCGUGUCCAUGUGGAAUAUGAGUGGCGGCUGGGCCAGGAGGAAGUGGAUGAGAGCGAAGAUGAUCUGGAUGAACAGUCGGGUCCCCCGAAGGAGCACACUGCCUCCCCACCAUGGGGAAAUGCAGCAGGGCUUCUGAUGGGAGCGAUUCCAGCACCCCAGGGGAAACAGCAGGACAUGUGUGUCUUACCGCAUGCUCAUUCCCACACCCCUGCCAUGCAAGCAGCUCCUGGCUCUGCUCCAUGUGGACCGCCUCUUCCCCCCCGCAAUGUAAUCCGAGCUCCCAGCAUGCCCCCACCUGCUCCUCCCACCAGCCCGCCAGCCAGUGCUGUGGGCCCCAGAGCAAGGAGGAGCCGGCUGCCACCUCUGACCAUCAAGCAUAAGCGAACCUCCUCGGAGCCUAUGCCCUGGGUGCCGCUCAGCCCUGUGCAGGCCAGCCAGAGCAGCCUGGCCCCAGCUUCUGGAUCCUUCCUGCCUCCCAAAGGGCCUGCAGCAGCAGGAGCCCCUCCCAGGAGUGACAGCACUGGGUCCCACCAGGGCACCAGCCUCUCUGCCACCAAGGACGUGACCCAUCCUGCUGCCCUGGAGACAUUGAAGAUGCCCUGUGACACUGGCCCCAGCAAAGGAAGGAGCCCUAGGCUGCAGAGGCCCUUGCAAGAGCCAGGCGGAGGCCCUGACCCAGCACGGAACAUGCUGCCCCCUCUCCAGAAGAGGGACAGCCUGAGUAAGCCUCGCCUCCGCCGGGUCCGAGCCGUGUACGACUGUCAGGCUGACCGCGAGGAUGAGCUGACCUUCUGCGUGGGAGAGAUCAUCAUCGUGGCUGAAGAGGAGGAUUGCAAUUGGUGGAGCGGCUGGAUUGAAGGGCAACCCCACAGGAAAGGUGUCUUCCCAGCAUCGUUUGUGCGCGUGUUCAGUGAUUAGGACCUGAUGGAAGAAAGAAGUUUUCAGCUGCUCAAAGUGCAGAUCCCUCAGACUCCCUCUUUUCAGCAGGCUUCCUGCUGCACGCUUGUGCUCUCUCAUCUCUUGUGCCCUGUCACUCUCACCUUCAGGCCCAUAUUAGGUGCCUCUGCCCAUGGGGCCCAGAGCAGAACUUGGCAGGCCAUGUCUUCUCAUGUCUCCUGAAUUGCAAUGAAGUGUCCUAUUAGGUACUAUUCAGUCCUGUUUUCAGCUCCAAGGGUGCAGGCUUCUCCCUCCCUCUGCCCAGCCAUGGG